UAGAGACAAACAAUCUUUUAUAGAUUGUGAUCAUCUUCGUCCCAUUUCCCAAUUCAAAUUCUACAUUAAUCCCUACUCUCCAAUUCCCAAUAAAUAAAUCACUUCCACCAACUGUGUCAGUGUACGUACAAGUGUAGAGGUAAAUACAAUAGUGAUACCUCACAAAAAGGGUUCAAACCCCAAAAAGUAUCUCUUUCAGCCAAAACCCUUUUGCAUUUCUUGGCUUUUCGGGUUUGGUUCUGUUGCUUGCUGCUUUGUUCUUGCAUUUUGGGGUGGGAAAAUGCCUGAGAGAAUUACAGCUGAGGAUCUUCUGAACAACAUUGUGGAAUCAAUUGCUGAUGGGCUAUCAAAGCAGAAGUCUCUGUCAAAGCAGACGUCAGGGUCUUUCUUUGAACAGGAGAAAUCAAGCUCAGUUAAUGCUCAGCUCAAUAGGCUAUUUGGCCGUCAAAAGCCAGUACACCACAUUUUAGGUGGAGGCAAAUCUGCUGACGUCCUGUUAUGGAGAAACAAGAAAAUCUCAGCUGGUGUUUUAGCCAGUGCCACAGCCAUCUGGGUGCUAUUUGAGUGGCUGAACUACAAUUUUCUUUCACUUUUAUGCUUUGCUCUUGUCAUUGGUAUGAUUAUUCAGUUUCUUUGGAAAAAUGCUUCUGGCAUGAUAAACAGGUCUCCAGCUAAGGUCCCUCGUCUUGUCUUACGUGAUGACCUUUUCAUCAGCAUUGCCAAGUCAAUAGGAGCUGACGUAAACCAUGUUUUGGGCUUCCUUCAAGAUGUUGCCUGUGGGACUAACAUCAAACAAUUCUUAGUGGUUGUGGCGAGCUUGUGGGUUGCUGCUAUUAUUGGAAGCUGGUGCAAUUUUUUUACUGUUCUGUACAUUGGCUUUGUUGCUGCGCAUGUGCUUCCCGUGCUGUAUGAAAGGUAUGAUGAUCAAGUCGAUGGCUUCGUAUACAAUGCCCUCGAAAAGUUUCAAUGUCAUUACCAAAAGCUGGAUCAUCGUGUUCUCAGCAGAUUCCCCACGAGCAAAUUCAGGCUAAAGAAGUUUGAAUAGGUUAAUCAGCAGAAAA